CAGCCACUUGACAGCUGAUUGUCUUGCGAGCGAGUCUUGCUUCUUGUAGAGUUACAAAGAAAGUUACUGCAAAACUUUACGUGCAAGUGUUUUAGUUUCUAAGCAGAAAGAAUAAUGGAAAAGCCGACAGUUACUGUGACUGACCAGCCUCCACCGUACUCUGCUGCGGUGCCAGGAGCGCCCCCUGCGCCGCAGCCGGGCGGGGCGGCCUACCCUCCCCCUCCCCCGCCGCCCGGCUACACGCCGUACGGGCCCGCGCCGCCCAACACCGCCUACCUGCCCAACUACGGCGCCACCACUGUCAUCAUACCACCACAGAUAAUCGCCGUGAACGCGUGCCCGGCCUGCCGCGUGGGCAUCCUGGAGGACGACUUCACGUGCCUCGGCAUCCUGUGCGCCAUCUUUUUCUUCCCCCUCGGGAUAUUGUGCUGUCUCGCUCUCAAGAACCGACGGUGCUCGAACUGCGGGGCUAUGUUCGGAUAAUUCUGUAAUACCUAGACAAGGUGACAAUCGUUUAUUGACGUCAAUCGAAAAGUAAAAGAGUAUAGGAAUGAUAACGAUCGAAAAGUCACAGGAUAAUUCUCAUACAUUGUUUUUUAAGCGAUUGGCGUUUUGUAUAAACGAUUGUCACUAGGCUCCCUGGUUUGAGAAUAGAUUAGUGGCGAAUGAGGAUAAAAACUGCUUAAUGCUCGCCAUAGAUGGCGCUGUGGGUUAAAAGUGACAAAAUGUCUUUGUAAAAUGUGGUUUAUCUUUAUUUUUUAUUUUAUUUCUAAUAUUCGCAAAAAAGUAUCUUACGAAUAUCAGCAAUGGUAAAAUAUGUACUCAAAAAGGAACAAAUAAUUGCGUGUGCUAGGUUUACGGUCAACUUGAAUAUUCUCUAAGAAAUUGGGCUAAUUUUAUUGAAUUUAUGAAGUUUACCGUAACUGUCACUUGGACCCAUUACACUGCACUGCAGCGCCAUCUCUGUUGAGCUUUGCGUGUUUAAACUAAUUUGAAUUGGAGUCGUUUGUAAUGUAGGUACGAAAAAAGAAACUCUUUCAUACGCGAUAUUAUAUUUGAUUUUUUUUCAUUAAAUAAAUACGAAAUAAACGCGUAUUGAAAGAGUUUAAAGCGAUCGAUCGAUCAUGGAUGAUGUAAAAAUAAGUAAAUAGUCCUGAAUUGUAUAUCACCAAACAUGAUCCGUCCAGUGACCCUUGGGUUAAAAUGUUAUUUACAACAUUUUUGUUCAACUAACUGUGGAAACUUAAUUGAUUUUACAGUUUUUAUAUUUGUAAUUAGUUUCUUUGCAUAAAAGGGACAAAAUGUAACCUAGACAUGUUGCAUUCCACUUAAUUAAAUAGUUUUGCAAAAAUAUCUUGACAUAAACAUACAUAUUUUAUCAACAUUAUGCAAUCGAAAAUACAAAAAGAUUUCAGUUAAGAAAUUGGCAUAUUAUGUGAAAGUUUUAAUUUAGUUCUAGUAUACUUACUGUGAAUUAUAAUUGAAAAACUAAACAUAACUACAAGUGGGUAAAUACUACCCACUUGCAUAGAAUAAAAAAACGUAGAACUGUCAAAAAGUCUGUGACCUUGAAACGGCUAAUCAUGAAAUUCAUCAAAUAUAACGAAGCAAUUGAUAUUGUGAUAGGUACUGAAUUACUGAUGGUUAGGGAGGUUGAAGUAAAAAUUGAAGCGACAUUUAGACAAAGCUAGAUUUAGCUACUUACUCGAAAACGUGAAGAGGCAGUUUAAAUAGUUUUUUGUGCAGUUGGCUAAAUUUAGCCAUGACUAAAAACCGCUUUAACAGGGUUUGUGUUUACAAAACUUUUUAUCUUUUCUUUUUAGAAAACUAAGUUCUAAAUAGAAAUAAAACCUUAGCAUAAAUGUCUGAGUGCUCGACACGGUACCAGCACAGGUCAUCUUUGAGUCAUUUUUAACCACUUGACCACAAAAGACGUCAACUGACUCGCGCGCGCGGCUACAGCCCAAUAUCAACCUUCGAGCUUGUACACAAGGUUCACGAUGAUGCGCUGCACACGAUAGGCGUAGCGUUCAAAGGGUUAAUAGAGAUAACAAUAGGGAGAUCCCUAUUGAGUGUUAGAAUGUAAAGCUAGGACAUUUAUCUUAAGGUCUUAGGCCUUACUUCUUUCUUAAUAUAAUUUGUCACUUCAGCUUAACCUGUUUAUAUAAAUAUUUUAACGUAUUUUGUUAAGUUUGGUUGUAAGUAAUUGAAUUAUUAUUCCACUGUCGAUUAUUUAAAUUUUAAAAUUUAGAGCAAUAAUUUCUACUAUUAAGUAUUAAAAUUGCUUUGCUACUAUCUAAAUUUCCUGAAUAAUUAUUGAUAAAUAUUCAAAAGUAUAUUUGAUUCGAGUUUUACCAGAAUUUGAUUUAUAAUUUAAAAAAAAUCAUAAUAUUGUAUGAGAAUGAAAUGGCCAGUAUCACAUAUAAACAUUUUGCCAUUUUGUAGAGACAGGAAAAUAGUAAGUAUUGGUAAUGUCCAUAUAAAGUAAUGUGCCAUGGUAAAGGCAGUUUGACCCCUACAGAAUUGGCCAAACGUUCAACAAACAACAAUAUGAGACUGUACCUCACUAAAGGCACAUUGACUUUGUAUUUAGGGAUUGCCCGCAGUUCUCUGUCUCUGCGUUGCAUUAAAAAUAGAGUUAAUUUAUGGUUUUAAGGGGUUUGUUAGGAUUCAUGGAGUUUUGUAUUAUAUUGCACUUAAUUUGCCAUAAGGACGUAUGCCUUCUACAUUAUCCACCAAACUGUAUUGCCAUAUACUCGUAUGUAUUUUAAGCAUUUCAACGCCAAUUAUUUGUUGUAUUUCUGAGACAUUCUUGCAAUCCUAUAACACAAAUUUCUUUAAUAUAAUGAUAUCUUCCGUUGACAGCUUAAACUCCCCAUUCGCUUUGCGCGAAAUGUAUGGUAAGGUAGCUAUUAAGAAACUUAUUAGGUACCUCUGGAAAAACUUAUGUUUUCGUGUUGUCUGCUGUCAAAUAACUAUAGUGUCCUAAAGCCGCCAGGUCGGCGACGUUGUCAUGAAGACAGCCAACAUGAGCCGGCGACAGCCAGCGGGAGCCAAUCCAUGCAAUUUGUAAGUUCUGCAAUUUUGUAAUGGCAGGUGUCUGAGGUGUCAGAAUCGAUUGAUUUUAGUAAUGUAAUGAUUUAGUAGUAAUGGGGGGUUGUAUCUGGUUGCUGCUGUUAGGGCUGAACCCCUGGAGCCUGGCUCCCGCGGGCCGGACGCUUUGGGUGUCGGCGGGCCUGAUUGGAAUGCGUCGCGGGUCGGAUUUGGCCCGCGGGCCGGGGUUUGGAGAGCCCUGCCUUAAACCAUUACUAUACAAUAACCUUAAAAUAUGAUUUAUUGCUUUUUUAAACUUAGUCUUCGUCUGUUUGUAUCAUUUUUAUUUUAGAAGUAUACGAAAUCCCUAGGUAGGGACAUAAGUAGGUACGUAGGCACUAGUUUAAGUAUGUACUGGUAUCUAUUAUAUGAAACAUAUAGUAUAAGACUAUUGAAUUUGUAAAGAUUUAUACAAUAAAAGUUGAAAUGCAAUAUUA